ACAGCAAAGAUCAAAAUUAGCCAUGGCUUCUUCUUCUGCAAAAAUUCUACUUCCCCUCUCUCUCCUCUUCACCCUUUUAUCUCUCUCCCAAUCCACUAACCCUAAUUUCAUUUUAACCCUAGUUAACAACUGUCCUUACACCAUCUGGCCCGCAAUUCAACCCAAUGCCGGUCACCCUGUUCUCGAACGAGGUGGAUUUACCCUUCACUCACUUACCCACCGCUCUUUCCCCGCUCCCAACGCUCACUGGUCCGGCCGAAUCUGGGCUCGUACCGGCUGCAAUUACCAGCACGGAAAAUUUUACUGCGCCACCGGAGACUGCGGCGGACGAAUCGAGUGCGAUGGACUCGGUGGUGCCGCCCCAGCUACAUUAGCCCAGUUUGUUCUACAUCACGGACAUGCCGAUUUUUCUACUUACGGUGUUAGUCUAGUGGAUGGUUUCAACAUUCCUCUUACUGUAACUCCACACGAAGGUAAAGGUGUUUGUCCAGUUGUUGGAUGCCGGGCGAAUUUGUUAGAGUCCUGCCCAGCAGUUUUGCAGUUUAGGUCACAUGGUGGUCAUGGACCUGUGGUUGGUUGUAAAAGUGCUUGUGAAGCAUUUAAAUCGGAUGAGUUUUGUUGUAGGAAUCAUUAUAAUAGUCCACAGACCUGUAAACCAUCGAGUUAUUCCCAGUUCUUUAAGCAUGCUUGUCCUGCUACAUUCACAUAUGCACAUGACAGUCCUUCACUUAUGCAUGAAUGUUCGUCUCCGCGUGAACUAAAGGUCAUUUUCUGCCAUUAAAAUGGUGGAGAAAUCUGGAAUAGCUAGUAUUGUUGGGGUUGUAAUGGAUUUUGAAAAUUUUAUGUAAUGUUAUUUGUGUUGUUAAUUUUAAGUUUUGUGUUUUGGAUUUUGAGGAAUUAGUGUGGUUUUAUAUAAUGA